AUGUGACCGACUGCAGAGGCCGCGCCGCUUCCCCCGCUCGAGUUCUGCGCGCUCCGCCGCAGGGUGCAGAUCCGGGGCGCCCGCCUGGGUUUAGGGCGCAAGAGCAGAGGCGGAGCCAGGGCGGAGCCAGCGCUCCCCGUCCACCCCCCCGUUCCCAAACGAAAGCGAAACGGAGCGCAGGAAAGGAAGGGCGGAGCCGGCCUGGAGGCCCCGCCCCCUGCCCUGCGCGGCCGGACCGACGGGCGCGCCCAGGUAGGGGGCCGCUGAGCGCGCAGUGCGGACCCUCGCGGGGACCUACGCCGCCACCAUGUCUCAAGAAGGUGUGGAGCUGGAGAAAAGCGUCCGGCGCCUCCGGGAGAAGUUUCAUGGAAAGGUAUCCUCCAAGAAGGCGGGGACUCUGAUGAGGAAAUUUGGCAGCGACCACACUGGAGUGGGGCGUUCCAUCGUGUAUGGGGUAAAGCAGAAGGAUGGACAAGAACUGAGUAAUGAUCUGGAUACCCAGGACCCCCCAGAGGACAUGAAGCAGGACCAGGACAUCCAGGCGGUGGCGACAUCCCUCCUGCCACUGACAGAAGACAACCUACGCAUGUUCCAGCGUGCCCAGGAAGACCUCAUCCCUGCCGUGGACCGGCAGUUUGCCUGCUCCUCCUGUGACCAUGUCUGGUGGCGCCGCGUGCCCCAGCGGAAAGAGGUGUCCAGAUGCAGGAAAUGCCGGAAGCGCUAUGAUCCUGUGCCCAGUGACAAGAUGUGGGGCGUGGCUGAAUUCCACUGCCCGAAAUGUCGACACAACUUCCGGGGCUGGGCACAGAUGGGGUCCCGGUCCCCCUGCUACGGGUGCGGCUUCCCUGUGUAUCCGACCCGGAUCCUCCCUCCACGCUGGGAUCGAGACCCGGAUCGCCGUAGCACCCACACCCACUCCUGCUCCGCUGAGGACUGCUACAAUCGGAGAGAGCCCCACGUGCCUGGGACGUCCUGUGCGCACCCCAAGAGCCGAAAGCAGAACCACCUGCCCAAAGUCCUGCACCCCAGCAACCUUCACAUCAGCAGUGGCUCCACUGUGGCCACCUGCCUGAGCCAGGGGGGCCUCCUGGAAGACCUGGACAACCUCAUUCUGGAGGACCUGAAGGAGGAGGAGGAGGAAGAGGAGGAGGAGGAGGAGGAGGGCGGGCACGGGGAGUGACCCCUGCCAGAUGCAGAUGCAAACCAGACACGGUCUGUGGCUAUUUUGUGUUGUUAUAAAAUAUGAGCUCAAACUGA